CGUCAGCAACAGUCUCUCUUCUUCUUCUUCACCUCACUCUCCAUCCUACUCCAAGAUGGCUGCUACUACGACUGCUGCCCUCCGACGGACGCUGCUCGCCCAGCAGGCCCCGCUCCGGACCACUGCUGCGGCGACUGCCCGCCGCUGCUAUGCGACCGAUGCGGCCAAGACAGGGCCGUACAACAUGACUGGCUUCGCAAAAUUCAACUGGGAGGACCCGAUGCGCGUCGAGGAGCACUUCAGCGACGAGGAGCGCGCCAUCCAGGAGACGGCGCGCGCCUUUUGCCAGGAGACGCUGCUGCCCAAGGUCACCGACAUGUACCGCAACGAGUCUUGGGACCCCACGAUUCUCCCUGCGCUCGGCCAGCUCGGCCUGCUGGGCCCCACGAUCGAGGGCUACGGCUGCGCGGGCGUCAACAACGUCGCCUACGGCCUCAUCACGCGCGAGCUCGAGCGCGUCGACUCGGGCUACCGCUCCAUGAUGUCCGUCCAGUCGUCGCUCUCGAUGGGCGCCAUCUACCAGUUUGGAAGCGAGGCCCAAAAGGAAAAGUUCCUGCCGGGCAUGGCAAAGGGCGAGAUUGUCGGCUGCUUUGGCCUCACGGAGCCCAACCACGGCAGCGACCCCAGCGGCAUGGAGACGGUGGCCACCGAUCUCGGCGACGGCGAGGUGCUCCUCAACGGCAGCAAGACGUGGAUCAGCAGCAGUCCCUAUGCCGACGUGGCCGUCAUCUGGGCGCGCUGCAAGUGGGACAACAAGGUGCGCGGCUUCCUCGUGGAAAAGGGCACAAAGGGCUUCGCCUGCCCGCCGAUCAAGCACAAGACGAUGCUCCGUGCCUCGGUCACGGGCUCCAUCUUCCUCGAGGAUGUGCGCGUCAAGAUGGACGACUCGCUGCUCCCGCACGCCAAGCCUGGCCUCGGCUCGCCGUUUGAGUGCCUCAACUCGGCCCGCUACGGCAUCUCGUGGGGCGUCGUCGGUUCGCUCGAGGCCUGCAUCGCCGAGGCGCGCCAGUACUCGCUCGACCGCAAGCAGUUCAAGAAGCCCCUCGCGGCGUUCCAGCUCGUGCAAAAGAAGAUCGCAGACGCCAGCACAGAGGCCAGCCUCGGCCUGCUCGCCUCGCUGCAACUUGGCCGGGCCAAGGACGCCGGCACGUGGAGCCCAGAGAUGGUCAGCCUCGUCAAGCGCAACAACUGCUACAAGGCGCUGACGCAGUCGCGCAUCCUCCUCGAGAUCUUUGGCGGCAAUGCCGCCUCGGACGAGUACCACUGUCCGCGACACGCCGCAAACCUGCACAUCUGCUCGACGUACGAGGGCACCCACGAUAUCCACGGCCUCAUCCUCGGCAAGGGCAUCACUGGCGAGCAGGCCUUUUUCUAGAUCGAGGUGGGCAAUGAAUGCGCCGUCUUUAUUUUUAUCUUUUUUCAUCGCCAUUUUUCCACUCCUCUUCUCUGGUGCUCGCUUCCUCUCUCUCUCUCUUUCUCGCUGUGCAAAAUCAUCAUCUCACCACACUACUGCAAUUCACACAACAUACAUUGACC